UUAGGAUCGGGGCCGGUUGGAAGGCUCGAGGGAAAGGAGGGGGAGGGGAAAGAAGGAGGCGGACAGGGGGUCGAGGAGGUCCAGAGCUUUUACCCAGUGCUUCUGCUGCCCUUUGAAUGUGCUGUGGAGCAGUGAAGUACUUUUUGGACGUUUAAGGUCAGCAAAUUUGUCCUUACAAGCAACAUUGGAAAGAAGCUGUUAUGGAGGAACUAAGUCGGGCCUUGUCAGUUAGCUUCACUGUCUCUCAUGAUCCAAACAGCAUCGCAGCACCACAUCCCCGCCUUGCCCAGUAUAAGGUCAAAUACAAUGCCCAGGACCAGGCCCAGCGCAGGCGAAAACUUCUGGAAAUCCAAAAAUCGCAGCGGUUGAACUACGUUAAUCACGCAAGGCGUCUGGCGGAAGAUGACUGGACUGGAGGUGAGGACAGUGGGGAGAAGUCCGAUGAGAAAGAGGAAAUGGAAGUUGAGGUGGCAAAGAAGAAACUGCCCAAACGUUAUGCAAACCAGCUGAUGCUGUCUGAAUGGCUGGUGGAUGUACCAGCUGACCUUGCCGAAGAAUGGCUCCUAGUGGUCUGUCCCGUUGGCAAAAGGACUCUCAUCAUCGCUUCCAAAGGGAGCACAGCCGCAUACACACGUAGUGGAUUCUGUGUGAAUAGGUUUCCUUCACUUCUCCCUGGUGGGAAUCGGCACAACUCUGCCAUAGGCAAAGAUUACACCAUUCUGGACUGUAUUUAUAGUGAUGUGGAGAGAACAUUCUUUGUGUUGGACGUGAUGUGUUGGAGAGGCCAUCCUGUCUAUGAUUGUCAGACAGAAUUCAGAUUUUUCUGGCUUCAAUCAAAAUUGCAGGAGGAAGGUGAGAAGCUGUCAGCGAUAGCGACUCAGAAUCCAUUCAAAUUUGUGGGCCUGCCAAAUGCGCUGUGCACACCAGAAGCUGUUCGUCAGGCGUUAGCUACAGAUUAUCCCUUUGAGGUAGAUGGGUUGCUGUUUUACCACCGCCAGACUCACUACACUCCAGGAAGCACACCACUGGUAGGCUGGCUGAAGCCGUACAUGGUGGCUGACAUUCUGGGUCUGUCCGUCCCAGCCAGCCCUCUGACCUCGAAGCCGGAGUAUGCCAACUCUCAAAUGCUGCAGAUCAUCGAGCUGAAGAGAAACAAGAACGGACAGGAUGGUGCCAGCCACAGCACGAAGGGGUCAUCAGGAUCAGGGCGCUAUGAGUUGGAACAUCUCUCUACCCCUAGAAAGGCCAAGAGCAAACCCACUAAUAUGGAAUGCACGAGCAAAAUUGAAAGCUAAAUGGCCCGGCAGGGAAGUAGUUCUGAGCUCAAUACCCUGGAUGCCUCUCAAUAUUUCUAUUGUAGAACUGCUAAAGACGUUUUAUUUGAUCAGGGCCCUGAUUAAAUGAAGAUUGUUGGGAGGAAAACACUGGGGCUGUUAAUUGUGUCUGAAAUCAGCGUCAUGAUGCUGAAAUAUCCUGGCUUCUGUUGCUGCUAUUUCUGUCCCGAUCUGGAGGGCGUUUGCCCUCACUAAUGACUGACAAUAGUAGUUCAGGAAAGGGAGUAUUUGAGAAUUUAGAAGUGUGCCAGGAUUAGUUUGUGUCAUAUGGACAUUUCUCAUGAGGCCUGAAUUCUGUAUUAAUCUGUUUUUACACAGCAGGGGAGGAAAAGGUAGCAGUGUGUGUUUAUUAAUUGAGUGUAUAAGGGCCUAUGAGUGUGAAAUAUGAGUAGGACUUCAUGCAUAUCCCACAGUGCGAACCCUGGGAGACUCUGAAAUCAUUUUAAACUGUCUGUUAGUGAGGGUUCAAAUCACUUCUUUGUCUACCUGGGCUCCAAGUGCACAUUUGCAAGCUUUGUAAAACUAUACCCCACUGUAAAUUAACAUUAUGUGUGGUUCCCAAUACUCCAGCAGAGGAUACCUCUUCAUUUCAAGCCUCUUGUGUUGAUCCUGAUGUUUUUGUGAUCAAAGGUUCUUCAGAAGUCAAGAAUGAGGCAUUAUCGUUGUUCAUUAGACAUUACAGGAACGAAAUGAGAAGAAACCAGAUGAAGCAUGAGGAUGAGAGGGGAAGAGAGAGAAGGACAGAGACAAGAGAGCCAAAAAGACAAAGAGACUGAACCAGCGUGGUCUGGUCCUCUUAUACCAAAUUGCUGAUAACAGAUAUUUCAUCAAAAUUCCAUUGUUGAAUUAACCCAUAAGAUAGCCCCAUUCAAUAAUGCAAUACCCACAACUGCAAUAAUUAAAAACACACUGAACACUUACAUAUACAUUGGUAAUCAUAUAAAUAUACAAACAAGCAUAAGAAAGUUAAACUACAAGAAAAAUAACAAUUAUACAGUUCAAGUCAACACUUGGGUUCUCCCAGGGAUACAGAUAGGAUAGAGAUGAGCAUCUCCUGUUGGAAGUCACUGUCAUUGCCAAACUAGAUUCCAGUGGUUAGUUAAGUUUGAUUUUGACAGCUCUCUUGAAAUAUCUUUGUCACAAUGUAAUAGAAAGCCUGUUUUAUUUUGUGCACGUUAUAUCCUAGGCUUGUGUUUUUAAAGCUUGAUUUAUAACUCUGUUUAAAGGGUUCAGGACCACACAAGGCUGAUUGAAAGUGUUGUCUACCAAUCUUGUGACCUGUUAUUUUAAUAAAUGAAACAAUUCUCAUUGUAAGCCUC